AUGGCGCCCUCCGCAGUCGAGGUUCCUCUCCCGAUCCCCAAGUCUUUCUCAACCCCGACAAGCACGUCUCAGUCGACCCAGAAGGAAGACCUAAAAUCUCCCUCUUCACAACUUCCCGAGGUAAAGGUUUUCAACGCAUCAACAUGUACAGUGGACGAGCUGGUGUCUGCGCUGCGAGUGGCUGGCGGCGUCGUCAUUCGUGGCAUGCUGAACAGUGAAGAAUUGGCAAAUCUUGAAAAGGACACUCGACCCUGGCUGGAAAAGGAUAAGGCAUGGGAUGAUGGAGAUUUCUUCCCCAAGGAAACCCGCAGGGCAUUUGGUAUGGUGAGCAAGUCAAGGACCUUCGCCGAACGCAUUGUCGCCAAUCCGCUCUGGCUCGGCGUGACAGAUGCGUUGUUGACCAGCACUUUGAAAUGGAAUUGGGUUGGCGACAAAAAUGAGGCCUCGGUGUCUCGACCCCAGUUGAACAAUACCAUUGUCUUCAGCAUUGGCCCUGGAGCUCGUGACCAAGCGCUGCACCGCGACGAUGCAAUCCACCAUGUCUACCAUUCGGCUGCCGCAACGCACGAGAUCGGCCGCGAUGCAGGAAUUGGCUUCUUCAUUGCAGGAAAGAAGACUACUAAGCGGAAUGGAGCCACACGCUUUAUCCCAGGCUCUCACCUCUGGGACUAUGCUCUAGGGCCAGCAAGCGAGUCACAAACAUUCCAUGCAGAGCUCGAGCCCGGCGACGGCUUCAUGGUGCUGAGUGGGUGUUUCCACGGCGGUAGCGCGAACAAGACAGACCAGCCCAACGAAAACGGCGAGGUCGUGCCUGAAGAGCGCCUUGUGUAUAGCACGUUCAUGACGAGGGGAUAUCUGAGACAAGAAGAGAACCAGUACCUGGUGAAUCCGGUAGAGAAGGUCCGUGAAUUGCCAGAACCUCUCCAGGAGCUUGUCGGAUAUGGCCUUUCCAAGCCAUUCUUGGGCUGGGUGGAUCUUAAGGACCCCAUGUUGUGGUUGCAUCCUGAGAGACCAAAGAAGUCAGGGGAUCUGUUUUAG